AUGAUUGCUCUAGGGCCUCCUGCUACCAUGAUUGCUCUAGGGCCUCCUGCUACCAUGAUUGCUCUAGGGCCUCCUGCUACCAUGAUUGCUCUAGGGCCUCCUGCUACCAUGAUUGCUCUAGGGCCUCCUGCUACCAUGAUUGCUCUAGGGCCUCCUGCUACCAUGAUUGCUCUAGGGCCUCCUGCUACCAUGAUUGCUCUAGGGCCUCCUGCUACCAUGAUUGCUCUAGGGCCUCCUGCUACCAUGAUUGCUCUAGGGCCUCCUGCUACCAUGAUUGCUCUAGGGCCUCCUGCUACCAUGAUUGCUCUAGGGCCUCCUGCUACCAUGAUUGCUCUAGGGCCUCCUGCUACCAUGAUUGCUCUAGGGCCUCCUGCUACCAUGAUUGCUCUAGGGUCUCCUGCUACCAUGAUUGCUCUAGGGCCUCCUGCUACCAUGAUUGCUCUAGGGCCUCCUGCUACCAUGAUUGCUCUAGGGCCUCCUGCUACCAUGAUUGCUCUAGGGCCUCCUGCUGAGGUCCUGGGGGCCUCACCCCCUAGAAGCAUCGAACCAUCUCUCCUCCUUAGGGGUCUUGUGCUAGCUCCAGGAACAUCAUAA